AUGGCCCAUGGCUUGCCGCACCUGCGGACGGCGUGGCAGGUAGAGAAGGCUGUAACUGAGGAGGAGUCCCGGGUGGUUCUGCUUCGCUUCGGGCAUGACUAUGACCCUGAGUGCAAGCUCACAGAUGACAUCCUUUUGUCACUGUCAGAGACUGUGAAGGAGAAGUGUGGCUUUUUCCUCGUGGACACUGACCUGGUUCCAGAUUUUACUCAACAAUAUGAGCUGUACGACCCGUGCACGCUGAUGUUCUUCUUUAAAGGACGACAUCUGCAGCUGGAGCUAGGGUUGGGGGAGAGGUACAAAAUCACUUGGCCCAUCGGCGGUGAGAAGGAUACUGUCAUCGCCUGGAAUCACCUCCUUCAGGAGCUGCUGACAGUGAUAGAAGCCGUACAUCGCGGUGCCCAGCAAGGAAGAGACUUGAUCGUUGCCCCGCAAGACCGUUCGUUGGCGCAGCUCGCCUUCUUGGAGGACGACAAGCUCACAAGUGAUCCAGAAGAGCAAGCACCCCGCGAGCCUCGAGCCCGCGCCGCAUUUCCAGCUGCGCCUGAGGGAGCUUUAGAAAGGCAAUGCCCUGGACGUCCAGACGCUUCUGAGAGCGAAGAAAAAAGAGCGCCAGAGCAGCCACUUGGGAUAGAGAAGUGCGAUGCAGCAUACGAUAGCGCGAUAGCGGCGCUGGCCGAGACCAUGGGUUCAAUGGGGCUCAAUACCUUGCAAGGUUUGAUCCGCAUGGCCCGUGUGGACCAAGAGCGGCAGGCCCAAGAAGCAGCAAUGUUGAACGAAGCCCUUUCCAUUGCGGCAGAAGCCUUCGAGACAGCAGACUUCAACCUGCAUGGCGAGUUGGACCUGCAAUCCUUCAUGCAGGCCCUGGGCAAUCCUAGGGUGGCUGAAAAGGUGUCUCAGGCAACUUCUGUGCCUGCAGAAUGGUUCCUCUCCCUGGAUGUCGUUCAGAUGGUUGAGCUUUUCCAGGACAUUGAUGCCGAUGCCAACGGCAAGGUGUCUUUCAGCGAGUGGAUCCUAGCCCUCCUUCGAGUUCGUCAGGCGAACCACGAGGAGCAGAAGGCAGAACGACAGCAGGAGCUGGCAGCAAUCGAAAGCUUAGUUGAAGAAGCGAUGGAGGAAGGAGACGAAGAUUGGUCUGGGGAGCUUGACUUCCGCGAGUUCAUCGCUGCAUUCCGCUGCAAUCCACGCUUCGUGAGGAAGGUCGCUCUCGCAGCAGACACCUCUGUCGACGAUCUCAAUAGCCUGGCCAGCGAGGACUUGGAGCAGUUCUUCGCUGUCUUAGACACAGACCGCUCUGGCACCAUCUCCUUCGAAGAGUUCGUCAAUGGCCUGCUUGAUAUCCGCUUAAAGCGGCAUGUCUACUCCCAGGAGCAGGCUGAAGCUGAAAACCAGGCGGUCAUCGAUGUGGCCUACUUGGAUGCGCUGGAUGCUUUUAGCCAAGCCGAUUUGGGGGUGACAGGAGAGCUGGACCUGGACGGCUUCCACAAAGCCUUGCAGCAGCCUGCUAUUUUGGAGAAGGUGGCGCUGGCAAGCCAGCUGCCGCCAGAGUUCUUCUCCAAGCUCUCGAAGCAGGACAUCAAGGACAUGUUCGCCCGCAUGGACACUGACUGCUCCGGUGGCAUAUCCUUCAACGAGUGGGUGGCCGCAAUCGUAAACACUCGCCAGGAGGUCUAUUUGACAGAGAAGCUCGAGCAGGAAAAUGCAAUUGCAGCUGUGAUGGGCGAUGCAGCUGCUGCCAUGGAUGAAGUGCUGGAGGACUGGUCCGGCGAGUUCGAGCUUCAGAGGUUUAUCGAUGCCUUUCAGACCAACAAGGCUUUCGUGCAGAAGGUCUCUCAUGCUACAGGCAUACCAGCUGUCGAAUAUCAGCGUAUGCAGGCCGGUGAUCUUAAAGACCUGUUCGACGCUUUGGACAUGGACUUUUCCGGCACUGUGUCCUUCAGCGAGUUCGUGGAAGGAUUAGCUGCCAUCCGCCGGGCCCACGAGGCGGCAAUUUUGGAAGAGGUGCCGAGCCCCACGGAAUCUGCCCACCACAUUGUCAAGGAUGCCAUGGUGCAGAGCGCGCCGACUGGCAUGGACAGCAUCACGCCCACCGGUCUCAAACAGUUGCUCCUGCUUCUGGACGCUGACCGGUGGACACCCGGCAAGCUCGAAAAGCUGAUCGCGGGACUCCCGUGGAAAAAUGGAGCACUACCACUGAGUAACCUGGUCGACGUGUUGUACUGA